AUGCCCCAAUCUGAACUCAAGACGGCAAAAGGUACUCGCGACUGGGUUGGCCGUGACCUUUUAUUGCGCGAUCACAUUUUCCAAACAAUCAGCGACGUUUUUAAGCGUCACGGCGGCGUUCCCUUGGACACGCCCGUCUUCGAGCUUCGGGACGUCCUGGCUGGGAAGUACGGUGAGGAUGGCAAGCUCAUCUACAAUGUCGAAGACCAGGGAGGCGAGCUUUUAUCGUUGCGAUAUGACUUGACGGUUCCCUUUGCUCGUUGGUUAGCCAUGCACAGCAACGUCAAGCAAAUCAAGCGCUACCAGAUCGCCAAGGUGUACCGUCGAGAUCAGCCUGCCAUCUCUCGUGGCAGACUUCGAGAGUUUUAUCAAUGCGAUUUUGACAUUGACGGUGUGUAUGACGCCAUGAUUCCUGAUGCUGAGAUACUCCGCAUUAUUGUCGAAGUGUUUAGAGCAGUCAAGCUCGGCAUUGUCAUCAAACUUAACCACAGAUACAUCCUCGACGGCUUGUUUACCGUUACUAGAGUUCCCCAAGAAAAGAUCAGGCCCACCAGCUCAGCAGUAGAUAAGCUGGACAAGGCCCCGUGGGAAGAGGUUAAGAGAGAGAUGCGCAGUGGCGGCUUGCGUGAGAUGAUCGAUGUUCUCAAAGGGGACAAAGAGCUGUCUGCAAAUGAACAAGUGCAAAGCGGCCUCGCCGACAUGGACCUUCUCGCCCGUUACCUCACGGCAAUGGACGUCAUCGACAGUGUAUCCUUCGAUCUUUCACUCGCACGUGGCCUCGACUAUUACACCGGAUUGAUAUACGAAGUCAUCGCGACUACCUCAGGUCGAUCCACUCAAGUCGGCAGCGUUGCUGCUGGUGGGCGCUACGACAACCUCGUAGGCAGGUAUGGCAAACAAGCCGUGCCUUGCGUCGGCCUCUCCUUUGGAGUAGACCGUGUCUUUACUAUAUUGGACGCUCAACAAAAGAAAAACACCACAGAUUUCAAGAGCGAGGCCGAUGUGUACGUCAUGGCAGCUGGUGGGAAAGGCUUCGAUGGUCUGCUAGCCGAACGCAUGGAAGUGACUCGACAGCUUUGGGACGCAGGUAUUAGAGCUGAUUUCACUGCCAAAGUGAAGCCCAAGAUACUUCAACAGUUCAACGCUGCCAAGGAAGUGCCUGUUGCUGUGAUUCUUGGUCAAGAGGAAAUUGAAGGUGGCCAGAUCAGGGUGAAGGAUGCACGAGCCGGUGACGGGGAUAGAGUCGAGAAAGAUCGCGGUCGACUUGUUUCUAGAGAGAAUCUUGUCGAAGAGGUGACGAGUCUCUUAUCAAAGAUAGCACUAGAGGAAGGUCAAGAUUAGAGAAUGGUGAGGGUUUAGAAGUUGGUACAAGAUGCGCGAAGUGUUUAAGGCAGACCUGCGCAAGAGGGGACAGUAGGAUGAGAAAAAUACGAUUUGAGGCUACUAUUCGUCUGAAGUUGGAGAAAUAUAGAUAUGAGUUCUGCCCUCG